CCGAAAACUCGCACCAUCGCCGCGUCCACCACAAACACCACCAGGCUUUGAAGCGGAAARCGUGCGAAAGUGCGCCGCGCCACAAGUUGCAGCAGAACGUGUAAUACGUGUAGUCGCCAACACACCGUCAAAACUGGCGUUUAAUACGACACACCUACCUACCUAUAUUUGAUUGUUAUUUUAUCAACAAACGCGGUUAGGUCGCGGUUUGUACAAAGAAUACCGCGGCGUGGGUACCGAUGACGUCUAGCGACGGAGGGCUGCAGUCGUGUCACCGGCAGGACAACCGCGGCGGCGGAAGCGGUGGCGGCGUCGGACAAAAUCUGCCGAUAAUAAUGGCCACCGGUUGUCGGAUGCCGCGGUCGCCGUCUCGCGACAAGGAUUUUGCGUCGUGCACCGCGUCCAGGACCUCCGCCGUCGGCAAUCCACUGCAACAGCAGCCCUUCGCCACCACCGCCGUCGUCCUGAACCGCGUAACCAGCUCUUAUCCCGAAGCGUUUUUCAAAAGGAUGUCGCAGGACAUAACGAAUUCAGUGUGGUUUGAGGAAGAGAACGAUCUGAUAAAAAGCUGUGGGGCACUGCAGUCGGCACUGGGUCUGUCCAAGAGCUUCAGCACUAGCGACAUCGCUGAUGCGACCAGUAUGGACACCGAGUGUUGGCUGGCGGACAGUGAGGACAUACGCAUGCCGCACAGCGCUUCUGAGCUGGCCAUUAAUAAGUUACGCAUUAACUCGGACGUUUUGUUGAUGGCCACCAACAUGCAGGGCCGGUUGGGUAACACGUCUCGGUCACUGUCCACAUGCGUGGUGGUCGGCGACAUGGCGUCUACGUCGCAGCUACCGUCACCGAGUCGGUACUCCAGCUCACUGCACAACAGCUACGCGCCGUCCGCAUUCAGUUCAACUGAUCUUGUGAGAUCCGUCAACAAAAAGGUGCGGCAAAAUUACAUUCAACGGCGUCUAUUGAUCACUUACAAAACAUUGGAACGUUUAUCGCUGAGCGAAUUCAAUUUAGACAAGAGUUCCGGAGGAGGAGCCGACCACGUACCUGACCAACUGCAGUUGCCCGACCGAAAUGAUGCUACCACAGCCUCUAUAUCCACCGCCACGAGUUCAAGUAAAUAUUUGAGCGUACCGAGGACCGGCAAGCCGCUGUGCCCAGACGACAUAGCAGUAUGCACCGACACCAUAAAGCGAUAUCAGCCAAAAACAUUCACUCGAUACGACCGGAACAUGUUCAUAGUCAACUGGCUAGAUAACAUCGAUCCGCAGAACACCUCCGCGGAAGAUCAAUAAUACUAAUACACACACACACACGCGAUAUUGAUCAUUAAGACUCUAAUAUAAUAAUAAAAAGACUUGC